ACGAGCUCUCAGUCAGUCCAGCAGCCAUGAAGCCUUUAACCAUCACCCUACUGGGAUGUGCCGUCUUCCUGGUCUCCGUGGUCGGGAGUCCCCUUCCUAGCAAUGGAGCAAGUGGAAAUAAACUGAGAAGUGGAACUGCCAGUGGAACUGGCACUGGUACCGGCAGUGGCUCUGGUACUGGUAGCGGCAGUGGCACUGGUGUUGGUAGCGGCAGUGGCACUGGUACUGAUAGCGGCAGUGGCACUGGUACUGGUAGCGGCAGUGGCACUGAUACUGGUAGCGGCAGUGGCACUGGUACUGGUAGCGGCAGUGGCACUAGUACUGGUAGCGGCAGUGGCACUGGUACUGGUAGCGGCAGUGGCACUGGUUCUGGUAGCGGCAGUGGCACUGGUACUGGUAGCGGCAGUGGCACUGGUACUGGUAGCGGCAGUGGCACUGGUACUGGUAGGGGCAGUGGCACUAGUACUGGUAGCGGCAGUGGCACUGGUACUGAUAGCGGCAGUGGCACUGGUACUGGUAGCGGCACUGGCAGCAACACAGGCAGUGGCAGCGGAACUGGCAGUGGCAGCAACACAGGCAGUGGCAGCGGAACUGGCACUGGCAGCGGUUCUGGCAGUGGCAGCAACACAGGCAGUGGCAGCGGAACUGGCAGUGGCAGCAACACAGGCAGUGGCAGCGGAACUGGCAGUGGCAGCAACUCAGGCAGUGGUAGCGGAACUGGCAGUGGCAGCAACACAGGCAGUGGCAGCGGAACUGGCACUGGCAGCAACACAGGCAGUGGCAGCGGAACUGGCACUGGCACUGGCAGCGGCACUGGCAGCGGCACUGGCAGUGGCAGCAACACAGGCAGUGGCAGCGGAACUGGCACUGGCAGCAACUCAGGCAGUGGUAGCGGAACUGGCAGUGGCAGCAACACAGGCAGUGGCAGCGGAACUGGCACUGGCAGCAACACAGGCAGUGGCAGCGGAACUGGCAGUGGUAGCAACACAGGCAGUGGCAGCGGAACUGGCAGUGGCAGCAACACAGGCAGUGGCAGCGAAACUGGCACUGGCAGCAACACAGGCAGUGGCAGCGGAACUGGCACUGGCACUGGCAGCGGCACUGGCAGUGGCAGCAACACAGGCAGUGGCAGCGGAACUGGCACUGGCAGCAACACAGGCAGUGGCAGCGGCACAGGUAGUGGCAGCGGAACUGGCACUGGCAGCAACACAGGCAGUGGCAGCGGCACAGGUAGUGGCAGCGGAACUGGCACUGGCAGCAACACAGGCAGUGGCAGCGGCACAGGUAGUGGCAGCGGAACUGGCAGUGGCAGCAACAAAGGCAGUGGCAGCAACACAGGCAGUGGCAGCGGAACUGGCACUGGCAGCAACACAGGCAGUGGCAGCGGAACUGGCAGUGGCAGCAACACAGGCAGUGGCAGCAACUCAGGCAGUGGCAGCAACACAGGCACUGGCAGCGGAACUGGCAGUGGCAGCAACUCAGGCAGUGGCAGCGGAACUGGCACUGGCAGCAACACAGGCAGUGGCAGCGGCAGCGGAACUGGCACUGGCAGCGGUUCUGGCAGUGGCAGCAACACAGGCAGUGGCAGCGGAACUGGCACUGGCAGCAACACAGGCAGUGGCAGCAACUCAGGCAGUGGCAGCAACACAGGCACUGGCAGCGGAACUGGCAGUGGCAGCAACUCAGGCAGUGGCAGCGGAACUGGCACUGGCAGCAACACAGGCAGUGGCAGCGGCACAGGUAGUGGCAGCGGAACUGGCACUGGCAGCAACACAGGCAGUGGCAGCGGCACAGGCAGUGGCAGCGGAACUGGCACUGGCAGCAACACAGGCAGUGGCAGCGGCAGCGGAACUGGCACUGGCAGCAACACAGGCAGUGGCAGCGGAACUGGCACUGGCAGCAACACAGGCAGUGGCAGCAAAACAGGCAGUGGCAGCGGAACUGGCAGUGGCAGCGGCACAGGCAGUGGCAGCGGAACUGGCACUGGCAGCAACACAGGCAGUGGCAGCAAAACAGGCAGUGGCAGCGGAACUGGCAGUGGCAGCGGCACAGGCAGUGGCAGCGGAACUGGCACUGGCAGCAACACAGGCAGUGGCAGCAACACAGGCAGUGGCAGCGGAACUGGCACUGGCAGCGGAACUGGCACUGGCAGCGGAACUGGCACUGGCAGCAACACAGGCAGUGGCAGCGGCACAGCAACACAGGCAGUGGCAGCGGAACUGGCAGUGGCAGCAACACAGGCAGUGGCAGCGGCACAGGCACUGGCAGCGCGGCACAGGCACUGGCAGCGGCACAGGCAGCGGCACAGGCAGCGGCACAGGCAGUGA